AUGGAUCAUUCGCGGAGUUAUAAUCGCCGUCCAGGUGGCUCAAUGAAGAGAUCCGCCUUUAUCGCGAUCAUUCUCGCCACAUUCGCUAUAGCAUCAUGUCUUAUGGUUUUCCCGUUACUCUUCAAUUAUUUACAAAUUUUCGAAGGUCGUGUACAGAUUGAACUCGAAACAUGCAAGGUAUGUUGUGUACUCGUAUGCAAUUUAAACUUUCUGAAUAUUUUAAUCGUUAUCUUCCACUGUCAAUAA